AUGCAUUUUCUGCACGCCUUGGUUCUGGUAAAAAAUAUCCUCAUCCUUCAUCAGUAUGUUUCAUUAGUAAGAGCCAUAAACGUUGGCUUUCUCCCAUGUGACGCUGACGCGAAUGCCACCACAGUUGACUGCUGUGAAAGAUCACUCAGGCAUGUCCCCUUUUUCAGGUCUACCUCUGUAAUGUCGGUCAAUCUAAGUCGGACUAAGAUACUGAAAGUGGGGCAGCAUGCAUUCGCGGGAGUCCCAAAUCUCCACACUCUAAAAAUAAUGGGCAAUUGUCUACCAGGUCAAGAGAGAGACCGCUCGUGCAAAAUGGUGAUCCACCCUUAUGCUUUCAAGUAUUUACUGAAACUUGAAGUUCUGUAUCUGUCAGGAAACGGCCUCACCUACAUACCACGGCUCCCUGAAAGCCUGAAGGCUCUGGAUUUACAGAAUAAUCACCUCUUCAAUAUCAUCCACCCUUUAAAUACUCCAUAUCUUGAAGACCUCUUCCUCUCAAGGAACUGCUAUUACGUGAACCCUUGCAACCAGUCCUUUUUCAUCAGUGAGCGGGUUUUCAGACAACUUCCGAGGCUAAAAAACCUCACACUGGGCUAUAAUAAUUUAACGGCCAUCCCUAAAGGACUGCCCACCUCGCUGGAGAGUCUGGAUUUAAGGGAAAAUACAAUCACAGAGGUCUUAGAAGGAGCAUUCGCCAAACUGACAGCCCUCAGGUAUUUGAAUUUGGAGUGGAACUGCCAGCGCUGCGACCAUGCUGCCAUGCCCUGCUUUCCGUGCCCACAAAAUCUCCCGUUACGCCUGCACCCAAAGUCACUGUAUGCUGAGAACAGCUCUAUCGUCUACCUGAGUUUGAGGGGGAACUCUCUGAAAACAUUUCCAGUAGGACUAUUCAAACCAUUAAAGCAUUUAAAAAGACUGGACCUCUCUGACAACUUCCUGGCAUACGCAAUACGGAACGGCACCUUCUUUGGAGAGAUUAAGGGUCUCACCUGGAUCAGCCUCAUCUACAACUAUGAACCACAGAGGACAUUUCCGGAACUGAUCCUCUCCCCUCAUAUCAGCAAAAUAUCUGGUCUACAAUAUCUUCUCCUGAGUGGUAACUUUUUCCGCAGGCUGUCAAAACAAAGCCUCGAAGUUCUGUCGAAGCUUCGAAAACUAACGAAACUAGAAUUGAGAAUGAACUUCAUGAAUGCUAUUAACCUGAGCUCUUUGAAAUGGUUACCAUCUGUAACUGAUAUUAAUCUUUCCCAAAACAUGCUUAAUUUCCUGCCACUCUGUCCGAGUUCACCGCCCGAGAAUGUAGCUCAGGGCAGCUGUCGAAACCAAAACUCUUGCGUGAAUAAUGUCCUUGAUCAACGGUCUGUUCUAGUAGAUCGAGAGGUUACAUCUGGAAGCUUGAUCUUUAUUAUAAUGAUGCUUUAUGAACUUAAAUCCACUCUGAAGGUAUUGGAUGUCAGUAACAAUGACUUCCAUUUCAAAAUGAAGGGCAUGGGGCAUCGUUUUGAGUUCAUCCAUAAUCUCACCAGCUUGGAAGUCCUAAGUUUGGCAAACAACGGCAUCGGGAUGCGAAUAGAUCGAAGGCUGAUCAGUGGAUCUUUGAAAUACCUCUACUUCUCUGGAAAUCACCUGGACAUCAUGUGGUCUGACAACAAUCGCUACACCAGUUUCUUCCAAAACCUCACAAAGCUCGCCUAUCUGGACAUCUCUGACAAUGGUCUGAAGUCUGUCUCAUCAGAGGUGCUGUGCAACCUUCCAAAAAGUAUUAAGGCCAUCAAAAUCAGCAGCAAUUUGCUGAACUAUUUUCCGUGGCAAAACGUCUCCGCACUCAGCAAUUUGUGUCACCUGGACCUCAGCCAAAACUACUUCUUUUAUUUGCCACGUAAAACAGUAGAAUUUGGAGACAACUUCUCCUUCCUGGACCUCAGUCACAAUCGCCUUAGUUUUGUUCCUGAGAAGUUCUUCAGUAAGGCAAAGUCCUUGCGAUAUCUGUAUCUAAAUCACAAUCAGAUCAAACAGCUGAACCACCAGCAUCUCCCCGCCCCCUUUACAAAUGGCAGCACCCUUCAGAAACUCACUCUGCAUGCCAACCCCUUUAAAUGUGACUGCGAUACCUCCUGGUUUGCUGACUACUUGCGUACUACUUUAGUUGAGGUUCCUUACCUGACCACACAUGUACACUGUGAAUACCCAGAGUCUCAGCAGGGCCACAGUAUUCUCUUCGUGGACCAGCGUUCCUGCCAAGAUAUAUAUGGUAGCUUAGCCUUCCUGGUCUGCACCUUCUUGACCAUGAUAUUUACUGUUCUUCCUCUACUGAAGCAUCUCUAUGGAUGGGAUAUGUGGUAUUGCCUGCAAGUGCUCUGGGCAGGACAAAAAGGUUAUUCACAGCUGGCUGGUAUUGAUUCACCUCAUCACUACGAUGCUUUUGUGGUGUUUGACACCGAGAACCAAGCAGUGAGGGAUUGGGUUUACAAUGAGUUAAUUAGAGAACUAGAGAACUCAGACCACAGGAAAUUUUCUCUCUGCUUGGAAGAAAGGGACUGGAUUCCUGGACUGUCAUGUAUUGAUAAUCUACAUAAUGCUGUCCACAACAGCGUGAAGACGGUGUUUGUGCUCUCCAAGGGUGCUAACGGAAAUGAGACGGUGAAUGGCGUGAUCCGCCAGGCUUUCUUCAUGGUUCAGCAGAGACUACUAGAUGAGAAGGUGGAUGCUGCCGUGCUGGUUCUGUUGGACGAAAUGUUUCCCAAACUGAAGUACCUCCAGCUGAGGAAGCGGUUGUGCAGAAAGUCUGUGUUGUCCUGGCCGAAAAACCCACGCGCUCAGCCCCUUUUCUGGAAUCGAAUGAGAACGGCACUGUCAUCAGAUAACCUGAAGCUCUAUGACGACAACAUGAGCGAAAGCUUCAUAUGAGCUCUUUUAACAGAGAAACAAAUCUCUGGUGUAGAACGUAUUCCUUCCUCUCAUUCUGUAUCAUGACUCAUGUUUGUUGGAUGUUUCUAUUGUGAAAUUUUAACUAGAAGUCAUCCAAGUAGGUAUUUUACUUUUAGAAUGUGUUACUUUAUUUGACUUUAUUUUCUUUAAUAGGUUUUAUUAAUGUAAUUGUAAUUCUGCUCUCUAGAACUACCUGUUGAGGAUUCUUUACAUAUCUUCUGUCAUUAUCUUUUAAAUUUUUUCCCUUGUCUUAACAGACCUUACACUGGGAGAUAUUUAGCUGUUUUGGUUUGCAAAGCUAUACACUGACAUUGUAAUAUACAAAUAAACUUGGCAAAAUGUAA